UGUUUGAAGUGAGGCGGGAAGAAGGCGGCACGCGCCGCAGUGCCAACGGCCGCUCCGUGAGGGGUGGAAGCGCCGCGCCACACAGAUCGCCACCUCCUUUAUGGCCGGCGCCGAGCAGCCCACGCAGCCCAAUGAUACUGAGGAGGCUGUGGGGACUCGGGAAAGCGGCGAGGAGCGGCCGUUGGGGCCUGGAUUGGCCAGCUCUCCACAAAUUCUCUCCACAAAUGAGCUGCAAGAAUUGAGUGAUGAGGUCUUCAGACUCAGCACUGUACAUGAAAUUGUACUGAAUGCUGACUUGAAAGUGCACAUGGUCAACUUCCCCCCACACAGCCUGGAAAAUAGAGUGAAGGAGACAUUGCACAAAGCCUUCUGGGACCGCCUGAAAAAACAGAUCUCUGCUAGUCCUCCAGACUACACUCAGGCAAUCCAACUGCUGCAGGAAAUAAAAGAGGCUCUAUUAUUACUGCUCCUGCCUCAGAACAGCCAGCUGCGAAGCCAAAUUGAAGGGGUCCUGGACUUGGAGCUGAUUAGGCAGGAGGCUGAGCAUGGGGCUCUGGACAUCCGCGGUCUCACCACGAGCAUCCUUGGCACAAUGGCAAUGCUGUGUGCGCCUUUUCGAGAUGAGGAAGUGCAAGGACUGCAAAGCCUCACAGACCCAGCUGAGCUUCUCAGGGAGAUCUUCCGGGUGCUGGACCUGAUGAAAAUGGAUAUGCUGAAUUUUACCAUCCAGAGCCUCCGUCCGUACCUACAGGAAUGCUACGUCCAGUAUGAACAGGAGAAAUUCCAGAAAAUCUUAGAUAAGCUUCCUAAUAGCCUGGAUAACACAACAGAGUGGCUGCGCAGAGCAGCAGCAGCAGUGUCUGCAUCCUCUUUGCAGUCUCAGUCCUGCCCUGCAGCCAGCAGCUCUUCUGAUGCACACUUCCAGGGAGCAGUCAGCAGUGGCACAACUGUGCCUAGUGUCAUGUCUGUGCUAAAUCAAGGCUACAUGGAUCUGCUCUGCUGGGAGCCCGGACAAAGUGAAUACCCUGAGACCUUGCUUCUGGAUCAGGCUCGACUACAGGAAGUACAAGCACAAGUGAAUCAGCUUACCAUCAUAGCUGCAGUCCUGCUUGUGACUAGUGGCGUGUGUGGAAACACCUUGUUUGGCUCACCUGGGUUUAUUGAUAGGCUGAAACUGGUAACAAAGGUCCUCUUGGAAGGGCUGCCUUCUAUCAGGUAUGAAGAAGCUUUGCAAGACAUCAGUGAUCAAGUGCUCCAGGAAGUCAGCAGAACACUCUCACAGCUGGGUUACCCUGCUUUUGCCAGUGAGAAAUGUACAUCCCUGAAAGGCCAGAUAAAAAGCAUUGCAGACAAGGGCAACGCAGUCCGGCACAUCAUCAAGCAGCGGAUUCACCUGUUCCUCAGCCUUUUUAUUUCCCCCGAUGGACAAAAUUCUCAGAAAGAUUUCCCAAAGGGUCUUGAUGCCAUUCAGGAAGAGCUGCAGGAAGUCGGGCGCAGGUUCAGAAGUGUGACCUACCACAACAGGCAGGUGUUUGGCCCUUUCUACUCAGCAAUUCUCAAGAAAGUGCUUUUCCCAGAGGCAGAACCAGAUUCAGGAAGAUAUUCUAUGUGAUCAUCUUUGCUACGUACCACACAGGAGGACAAGGGUGGAACACAUUCUCCAACAAUUUCUCAAAUCAUGCUUCAGCUUGUAAAAAAAAAAUCAGACGAACCCAUCUAGGCAGCACAGCUACUGGGAAGUGACUCUUAGCAUGUCAAUAUCUGAAUAAACCUCUCAACUGCAAAAGGCAACGGCUUUCUUGUCCCACCAAAAAACUGCCACUAUUUAGCAGGGAAGGAAAUGGGAGGUGGAGGAUAUAAAACUGCAAUGAAAUUUCAGGUUUUUUCUUUAUUUUUUCCCUAAUUCAAGGUGUUAAUUCUGCGGUGGGUCUGUAGCCUGCUCUGCUGAAAUGUUAGGCACAGCCCAGGGACGCAGUUUGGAUUUGAUAAAGCCAUAUGGUAUUUAAGAUCAUUAAAACUGCUCAAUAUAUUUCAGUGUUAGCUUGAAAACCUGACUUACUGAGUUAUUAGAUGGAACAUAUGGUAUAAAUUUAGCAGCCCCCGAUGUAUUUAGUAUUUCACAUCAGCCAGAUUUUAUUUGACACAAAACCCUGAACUUUAACCUGUAUUUAAAUGCCUGGAUUUCUUGCUCUAAUUUUAUAUAGUGAAAACGUCCUACUUCUUGGUAUGCCAAAAAUCCUUGCUGGUAAAUACUAUAUACAAUGGCUGCCCAAACUGUUACUGUUGUUACAUGAAUCGAUGGCUGCUGCGUGGCAGAGCGUUGGUUUGAGUGUUUAUCAUUGCUAAAUCAGGGUCCUGACAUUCCAUCCUUGGUAGAACAGUCCUCGCACAUGUAUGUUAAAAGGCUUAACAUCAGCUUUUCCCAUGGACAAGGUGAUAGCAGACCAUCACGCUGUAGGUAAGUCUAUCUUUCAAGAACACACAGAUGAGUUUUUAUACAUAAAUAAGUCUGAAAAGAAUUUUGUAUUCGGGAUCAGUAUGAUUAGCUGCAAAAAGAGCAGCCUCAGCCAAAGUGACUGCUGAGCAGCCAGCAUUCUGCAUCUAGAAUGCCACACACGUUAGGAUGGCACAUAUCCUGAUUCUGCUGCCAAAGAAUGACAUCAGGCCUGUUCCCAACAGAACAGCAUCCUGUACUUUGCUUCCACAAUACCAGCAAAUGAUCUCCGCGCAAUGCUUCGACGCUGUUGAUGUUUUCUUGUUCCUUGGCUUUACAAAGCAAAACAACAUAUGUGCAGUGCCAGGCUACACUCAUUAAAGCUCACUGUGCUGCCCACCCUCACCCCUUCCUUCCUCUUACCUGCUUUGGCUGCUCAGGUCAGGCACGAGAAGAGCACUGCUCUGACACAGAUGACCAGAAGGCUGCUGUGUCACACUUAGGUCACAGUGACGACAGGGCAAAUGUGUGUCUAAGUUUGUUUAUUAAUUCAGUCUGUUCUAAGUUGUACAAUUAUGAAAACAACAAAACGACUGCUGGAAGCCCAGGAAUAUUUACAAUCUCGCCUUGUUGUAGUGAGGUCAGUCUAUGUUGUUGCACAGAUUGGUUAUGUUUGGUACCACAAGAUGUUUAAAAUUCAGACAAAUUCAAACAGAUUAACAAUUGUAUAUA